CUGUCUGAAUUGGAAACCGCGUCCCAAGCUCGUUGCUUCCGUUUGAUAAUUUAUUAUAUUGCAUGUUUUAUAUUAAUAAUCUAAAUUCAAGCAAUGGGAGUUACGGGCCUGUGGAAGCUAAUCGAGCCGUGCGGCAAGCCAGUUCCCGUAGAAACCCUGGAGGGUAAAAUCCUGGCAGUGGAUAUUUCCAUUUGGUUGCAUCAGGUGGUGAAGGGCUUUCAGGACAACAAGGGCUCGGCCCUGAGUAAUGCCCAUUUACUGGGACUGUUCCACCGCCUCUGCAAGUUGCUGUAUUACCGCGUACGACCGGUGUUCAUUUUUGAUGGAUGUGUGCCGCAGCUCAAAAGGGAAACCAUUGCCCGUCGCCAGCAGCAACGGAAUAAGCUUAGCAAUGAAGCCGAUCGCAUUCAGGCCUUGCUCCUGCAGUCCCUGGCCAAGGAGAAGGUAGUGCAGCAGGCACUGGGCAAAAAUGCGGAGCUGCUGCUCAAGUCACCGGUUAAGAGACCGCCUCCAGCGAAGAAGAACGAUGAGGAUGACAUGUUCAAGCUGCCGGAACUGCCGGCGUCGUCGUCUGUGGGGCAGGAUGAUCAGAAUGCAAGUGAACAGGAUACCAGUGCCUCGGAUAGCUCCUUUGAUGAGUCCACCGCUCGUCAUUGCUACAACUCUAGUCUGCAGGCCAUCGAUGUGAAGAGCCAGCACUUUCGCAAUCUGCCCGCCGAUGUGCGGCACGAGAUCCUCACCGACAUCAAGGAGACGCGAAAGCAAUCUUCCUGGGGGCGCCUGCACGAGCUACCCGCCCGCAGCGAUGAUUUCUGCUCCUUCCAGAUGAAGCGUCUGCUCAAGCGUCGCGCUGUUCAGGAAAGCCUGGAGCAGGCCGAACAAGAGAUGGGCGGUGUCGCACUCACCUAUUCGCAAUUAUGCGAUUUCUUCAACGAGGAGGGCAUCGUCACGCCCACGGCCAUUGAGCAGAGCACGCGACAGAUCAGUUCCGAUGAGCACACUCGAUUCCUGCUGGUCAGGGAUCUCAAGAAGAAGGCCCUGGAGAGCAUCAAGCAGGAGGUAAAGAUGGAGACGAUUGAGGAGGUGCCCGCAGAGGACGAUGAGAAGCCAAGCACUUCGGCGAAGCAAGAGGAUGAAAAGCCAAGCACUUCCACCAAAAAGGAGCCCGAAGAAAGCACUGAUUUGGGUACGGAGUUCGAUGAGGAUUUGGCCAAGGCAUUGUCCAUGUCUAUGGAGGAGACCAAAGUGUACGACGAGAAGGACUAUGAUUACGAUUCGGACCAAGAGCUGCGUCUUAACCGGGCACAAAGCAAGCAAUUGCGACAUGCGGCCAAGGGACCUGCUAGGGCAUAUAUGAUCGAGUACGGCGGAAUGAACGUUGAGGAGGUGGGCAACAUCAUGGAGGCCACUCAGCUCAAUGACACCCAAAGUCUGGAGAAGUUGCUUGAGAUCACCACAGUCCAGAGUGAUAUGGCUAACGAUUCGAUCGAGGAGGCCAAACUAAUAUCCCAAGCUAUUGAAGAAAGCAAACAAUUAUCGCAAGCGAUUGAGGAAAGCAAAAAGACUUUGAGCGAGGACAAGGUGGAGAUUGUGGAUACAGAUACUGACUCGGAUUUGGAGGAAGUUGUGGAAGACCGAGAGCCAAGUAAGGGUAAAGAGAGUCUUGAGAUUUGUGUCGACAUCACCGAGGACCUAAAGGACUCCAACGAUUUAUUCGCGGAUAUAUUUAUGAAGGAUGAUGAUGCCAAGAAAAAAACUGAAAGCGAUGAUGAUGAUGAUGACGACUUCAUUGAGGUUAAAGAUAGUGAGGAAAUGGUGUUGGAUUCCCAAAAUGAAGCUAAGGCAGUUAUUAAUAAAAGCAUUCAAGAAAAUCCUCAAAAAAAUAAAAGUUUUGAUGAAAUUAUUGAAUUAAAAGACAGCCAAGAACAGAUUACUGAAGAAGUUAAAAAUAAACCUGAUCUAGACUCCAUAUUGAGUGAUCUUAAGAAGGAAACUGCCGCUGUUAAAAACAUUCAACUGAAUUUAAGUGGGGAAACAGAUCCAAAACCAAAGGUUGAACUCAGUUCAAUAUUAGACGAUCUAAAAGUAAAGAUGGCCGAAGUGAAAAACAUCAGUCUGGAUCAAGUGAAACUAAGCAACAGUGCGUCCAUUGUGUUAUCCUCCGACGAUGAAGGGGCAAUCAAAAUUACAAAAACAGUUUCAAAGGAUGAGGUAAUUGAGUUGUGCGACAGUGACGAUAACAAAAAGAAUCGCAUAUCACCAAACAAAACGCCCAGCAAGAACAAGUCCAUCAAGGACUUCUUCGACACCAGUUACGUGGUUAAGCGAACGCCCGACAAAUCUCCAGUGGCGGAUGAAACUCCGCCGGGAACACCCAAAACUCCGAAACCCUUCUUCAGGAAGCGAACACCAAAGUCCGGACGGAAAAGGGCCAACGAUGGGGCGGAGGAUAGUGAUGACGGAGUUUCACCCACCAAAAGGUCCAGUAAGGCUUCAAAAUCACUCUUCGAGCCAAAGGAGACGGAAACGGAAAAGACUAUAGAUCCUCAGGAUAUUCUUAAAGAUGCAGCCGAGGCUUUAAAGUCGCAGAAGACCUCCGAGGAGCUGCAGGAGAUGGCCAGCAACCUGGCCCAGGAACGGAAGGAGCUGGAGAUGGAGCGCAAUCGGCAGGACCGCAUGGGCAUGUCCAUUAGCCAACGCAUGAGCAUCGAUUGCCAAGAGCUGCUGCGUCUCUUUGGCAUUCCCUACAUUGUUGCACCCAUGGAGGCGGAGGCGCAGUGUGCCUUCCUCAAUGCCACGGAUCUCACCCAUGGCACCAUCACCGAUGACAGUGAUAUUUGGCUGUUCGGCGGUCGAACCGUCUACAAAAACUUCUUUGCCCAGAACAAACAUGUGUUGGAAUUCCGUUCGGAGCAAAUUGAGCAAACGUUCAACUGCAACCGGGGCAAACUUAUCCAGUUGGCUUGUUUGGUGGGCAGUGACUACACCACCGGUAUCCAUGGCAUUGGUGCUGUGACGGCCCUGGAAAUACUGGCCUCCUUUUCCGGACAGGACAAUGGUGCCCCGGAUGUGUGCAACCAAUCGGUGUUGCAGACAUUGAUUAAGUUUCGUGACUGGUGGCAGGCACACAAGAGUAGCAAUCUACCUCCGGGCAGCUCAGCUCGUCUUUCUCUUCGCAAAAAGCUGAAAAACAUCGAACUGCACGAGGGAUUCCCAAACGGAGCCGUGGUGGAGGCUUACCUGGCGCCCACAAUUGAUGACAAUCGGGAUGCCUUUAGUUGGGGCACACCGGAUGUGGAAUCAAUCAGGGAAUUCACACGAAAGUCUUUCGGCUGGACCACUUCGAAGACAGAUGACAUUCUCAUGCCCGUUAUGAAGAAGAUCAAUGAGAAGAAAAUACAGAACUCCAUACGAAACUACUUUACGGCCAAGAGUGCACUGCGAGUUCAGCAACCGCUGGUCAGCAAACGAGUGCAACUGGCCAUUGACCGGAUGUCGGGAAAGAUCGAAGAGGCGACUCCCGAGAAGCCAAAGAAGGUGACACGCGCUAAACGGGCAAAGGCAGCGUCGGCGGCAGAUGAUGAUGUAUCCAAUGCGGAGGACGAGACUUCCAAGACUUCCCGUCCCAAGCGGUGCAAACGCAAGGCUGCAGCCACAAUUGGUUCAGAAGUGGCGGAUGCGGAACAACCUUCCUCCUCCACUUCCACUUUGCAGUCAGUCUCAAGGCCAGAAAAAUGUCCUCGGAUACCCAAUACCGUAGAAGUUAUCCCGCAGCGAGAAAAGGACCUGGAGCAGAUGCGUUUGUACAAGGCCAAAGCGGCGGAGAUUCUCAAAAAGUCAGCCAAGGCCAACAACAAAAAAUAAAGCUAGCAAAAAUCUAUUAAAUCGAACUUUAAGCAUUCA